ACGACGGGAAUUUUCGCAUUCGAUUCGAAUGUCACUUUUCCACCUUCUUCCGCGAGAGAGUGUUGUGUGUUGUGCGAAACAAUAAUCCGGAAUUUGCAGGUGAAAUUGCGUCCGUUCGGUGAAAUUGGCACCGCCAGUGUGUUCACGCGUAAAAAUAGCAUACGACGGUGGUGUUACCGUGCCGAGAGAGCUAUGCGAAAAUAGUUUUCAUCGGGUGCUGUUUUGUUCUUUCCGUCGCUUUUCGGCUGACAGUCGGAAGUACGGGGCCAGUCGCUGGGGUUAUUGCAUUUGUUGGUGGGAUUCGUAGGUAGUUUUUUUUUGUUUCCGUAAGAAGGACGGGAUCCGUUUAGUUUCGCCGUAGUCCUAGGAAGUAGAUAGCGCAUUGUGGGGAAUCAUGGCAUCACCGCUGGAGCAUUACGUCAAUCAUGUCCGGACGAUGAGCAAUGCCGGGAGUUUUAGGGAGUUGGUAGAGUAUCUAAUGGAAUCGACAGAACUACUCGCCAAGAAUGGAAACAUUUUGGACAAUGUACUGGAAACAUUGGACAUCCAGCAGCACUCCUUAGGGGUCCUAUUUGUGCUGGUCGUUAAACUCAGUGAACCGAGUAAUCACGACGAUACGGAGAAUGUGUUGCGAGUAGUCCGAGAAUUUAUUACGCUUUGCAAUGGAGAACAGGUCCGAUUUGCUACCCAACCAUAUUUCGAGCUCUGCCACCAGUUCACGUCGGCACUGGUUAAGAACAAACAACACACCAUCCAGGGAAUUCAGGUGCUAUCGUUAGCUGUGGAGAAGAUCCGACUGUGCGAUAACCAGCUCACACCUGUCCACGCCGAUCUGUGCCAGUUGUGCCUGAGCGCCAAAGUAUUCAGUCCGGCUCUUCGUUUCUUGGACGUGGACAUUGCGUCCAUUGCCACAACCGAAGACACUAACCACGACACGAAGUACUUCCUGCUCUACUACUACUAUGGUGGAAUGAUCUAUGCUGCGGUAAAAAACUUCGAACGUUCGCUGUACUUCUUCGAAGUGGCCGUUUCCACACCGGCGCUGGCCAUGUCACACAUCAUGCUUGAAUCGUACAAAAAGUACAUUCUCAUUUCGCUGAUACUGCACGGGAAGGUCGUGCCAAUUCCAAAGUACUCCUCCCAGGUUAUUUCGCGGUUUAUGAAACCGCUUAGUCACGCUUAUCACGAUCUGUCCAGCGCGUACAACAGUUCCAACAGCGACGAAGUGCGGAAUGUGAUCAACAAGUACAGAGACUCGUUCAUCCGCGACACGAACAUGGGCCUGGUCAAACAGGUGAUUUCCUCACUGUACAAGAAAAACAUCCAACGCCUCACGAAGACGUUCCUCACCUUGUCGUUGGCGGAUGUAGCAAGCCGGGUGCAACUGUCGGGACCAGCCGAAGCCGAGAAGUACAUUCUCAACAUGAUCAAAUCGGGUGAAAUAUUUGCCUCGAUCAACCAAAAGGACGGCAUGGUGGUGUUCAAGGAUGAUCCGGAAAAGUACGACAGUCCGGAUAUGUUCCACAAGGUGCAACAGGAAAUCAGUCGCGUGAUGGCACUGAAUAAACAAAUUAUUAAGAUGGAAGAGGAAAUUAUGCUCAAUCCACUGUACGUCAAAAAAUCGAUGGGCAAUCAAGAUGAGGAAGUACUCGGUGGUCAACAUUCGAAGUCGUUCGCUGGCGAUCCCACCGAAUAAUGCAACCAGCGGGUGGACUCAACCCAAUCGACUGACAACCCAGGAAGCUAGCAGUAACCGUAGCAGUAGUAGCUCAGUACAGUAGCAAAGUAACAAAGGAUGACGUCAUCAUUAGCGGUCGUACAUGCCACAGCAGCUUAUCCUAUCAACGCCGUUAAAUAAUGGUAAGCACUUUAAUAAAACGAUCAAUUGCUACACUUAAGCUACGCAGACAAAACACACAAAAAACGAGAAUAAUUUAAACCCAGUUAUACUGAAAACUUUAUUCCCUUUCACUCAAAGAGAAAAGAAAUACAUAAAAAACAAAUCGAAAACACUGGAAAAAAAUGUAGUUACAAUUGAUACCUAAAAUGCAAACAAGAUUCAGUAAAUUGCUGUGCAAAAAAUCGUUAAACCGAUCGCUUUGUUAAAUAUACGUGGAGCAUGUCUGCAUGCUAGUGGCAUAACCAAUGCAUGUUUGUGGAAGGCAAGUGAAUUUUUGAAAACCAGAAAGAUCAAAUUUAAUGAAUGCUGACACACAAAAAGAUCAAAUUAAAUGAAUGCUGAAGAUUAAAAAAAACAAUAGCAGUGACUGGAAGUCGCCAAAAAAAGCGAAUGAGUACGUUUUGUGAUUAGAGGAGAACGAAUGUGAAUAAGGACUAGUGUGCGGAGAUGACUCUCAAAAAAAUGAAGACGAAAUUAUGGAAAGAAUUCUCUUAAUAAGAAGUGCGAAAUUGAAAGAAUAGUUUCA